UUCCUAUUCCUGUAAAAAUGUGUAGUAGGCGGGUCUGGUAGUUGCGACAGGAACAGUUCAUUGGAAUUUGUUAACUGUGUAGCCUGCGGUUUGUCUGUAUGUUUUAGUUAGACAGACAAAAGGCGCUCAAAUAGGUAUAGCCUAUUCAUAUGGACAUUCAGAUACACUUCAUAUAGUUUUACAUAGACACGACAACAUUUGAAAAUGGCCUGGGUAAGGAUAGUCCGCAUUUCCCUGAUCUUGGUUUUAAGCCAACAGGUCGUCACUUAUGUUCCUCCUCCCGUCAACGUGAGCCUCAUCUGCCACAAUUUUCACAAUGUGAUCUAUUGGAACUACAGUGAACCAUCUCUGCAGCCACAGUUCAAUGUGGAAAUGACAAGAAAAUAUUCUGGUGCUGCCUUGGUUUGUUCAAACACUUCCCUCUACCACUGCGAUGUCUCCUCAUUUACCAAAGUAAUAGAAGAGGGCUACCGUUUCAUAUUGACUGCUGUUGGACAGAAUACCAAUUACUCCGAAAUUUCAUUCACCUACGAUGAUACAAUGUAUCCAGACCUGGUGGAUGUACAGUGCUCAUUGGAUUUCCCACCUGUCAACAUCUCUGCUGUAUCUAAUCAAAUGAUCAAAGUUCAAUUCAUUCACCCAUUUCACAUCUACAAAUAUGCCAUCAUCAAAAAUGAAAGACCGGAUCAUAAGGAAUUUGAUUACAUGGUUGUCGCAGAAGAUCACUUGAAACAACACAGCUUUGCCUGCUCUUACAAGCAACACCAUGUGUGUGAGGCUGAAAUACCAGUCGAUGAAAAGAUGGAUAGGCACUGCGUCAAGAUGAAAGGAAAAAUGAACAAUGUUCAUGUCUCAGCUCACCAGAACAUAUGCAUUGAGGGGAAGCAUGGGGAUUCCGGUCCUAGCUACACUGCCCUCUACAUUGUGAUCCCUAUCGUUGCCAUAGUGGUGAUUGCGUUCAUCGUGUGGCUGAUAUACAGUAAACUGACAAGCGGCUCAUUCCCUCAACCAAAGAUUUUGGCUUCCAUACUGUCACAUAUGGGUUCAGUUAGGUCACUUAUGCUCCCUGAGAGAGCCAUCCUGAGUGAGGUACAAACAGGUGGCUCCCCCCUGCUGCAGACCCCCAUGGAAUCUUUGCCAGAUGAGACCCUCACAGUCUUCAGUACCCCCCAGGAAGAGGUCCUCCGCCUCCCCAUUGGACUGAAAGACCAGGAGAGGAGCGGUGGGGAGGUCAUGUUGCCUAACGAGGGGUCAGGCUCUUCACUGCAGGUAACGAGAGAGUUGGGACUGGAGGUGAAGAGCGACAGCUCAGAUAAGCCAGACUAUGACUUCCCCCAUAGACCUGUGAUUAUUCCUGUGAUAGAGGAGAUGAGUUCUGGGGACACUGUUACAGGAUACAAAAUCUGAGUUUCUCAAGAAAAAGGAUGAUAAUAUUUUAUAAAUGUAUUUAAACUGGGAAAUCCCGUUUGAGACCAUUGUGCCAUUUUACAAGGGCAGUAACAUACAAAACACAAUCAUGAAAAACAAACACAUUUGUCUUUGCACAUGCUCAGCUACCAAUCAUUUCCCUGUUCCUCUCACUAUUUAGGUAGUCUAUGGUGGAGAUAAAGAGGGUAAUCAAAGGGAUGGCCUUCAUUAUGGUUUUUCCAAUUCAUCACUUGGGACUGUUGCUUACUCAGGGGAACCAGGGAUAGACCAUGUGAAACCCAAGUGGUACAUAGUGGUAUUGCAUGUUCAGAACAAGUUUUCUUUUAAAUGUCCUCAUUCCUGACCUGCAUGCCCUAUUGGCAUGUUGAAUUUCAUUAGGCCAAAUUUAAGACAGUUCCUAUAGCAUCUUUGUACAAAAAAACCAAGUUCCUUUUAUCCAGAUAUUAUUUUACUGUGCCAUUCAUGUUUUCUAAGGUAGCAAGGGAAUAUAAGGGUUGGGAGAGCAGAAUGAAUAUAUUCAAUAGGUUAUUGUCUUGUGCUGUGUAUAUUUGUUCUAUUUGCACUUUUACAUGGCUCUCAUGCAUGUACAAUGUUCUAAAAUAUUAUUAGGAACAUGUCCUAUUAUAUUCCGAAUAACACGUUAUACCAAUGCAAGGGGAUUGCUAUGGUGGUGAUGAUUUCUGUUGUUGCUGUAAUUUCUGAUGCCUUGCUUAGAUUCCGAUAUGGAAUUCAUCUUACUAUCCAAAUGCAUUGUAUGCAGCCAUGGUUAGAGCGUUGGGCUGGUAAUCGAAAGGUUACUGGAUCGAAUAUCCGAGCUGACAAGAUGAAAAAUCUGUCGUUCUGUCCCCUGAGUAAGGCAGUUAACCCACCUUUCCCCGGGUGCCGAAAACAUGGAUGUCGAUUAUGGCAGUCCUCUGCACCUCCCUGAUUCAGAGGGUUUGGGUUAAAUGCUUUAGACACAUUUCAGAUGAAUGCAUUCAGUUGUACUAUUCACUAGGUAUCCCCCCCCCCCCCCCCCCUUCCCUCUACAGUUGUAGCCCAUUUAACGACGAGAAAGCUGAAGAAAACAUGGACAAUAUGCAUACUUUCUUCAUGAAACACCAUUUUCCACCUCCAUGAUCGAGUGGCAAAUGCCUAGGAAUGCUACUUCCUGAUGUUGCACCCCGCGUUCAGCCUAGGGUAAACAACAGACUGCUGCAACCUGAUUGGCUGAACGUGAUGUGCAACAUCCGGGACUAACAUUUAGCCACUAUCAUGGUGGUGGAAAAUUGUUUCAUGAGGAAAACAUGCAUAGUUUUCCUGUUUUUAUCCGCCUUCUCGCCAAUAAAUUAAGGAGGAAAUCGAAGCCUUUGCAGCCUGAAUGGAGAACGUUUUAGGUAUGAACCUGUCCACAGGGGAUACAAGUAUAUUGCCAGCUGCAUUUGGAAGGUAAGAUUAACUCAAUAUCGCCAUCUGCGGUCUUUAGAUUACCUCAUACCUAAUAAUUUAGG